AUGCCGCCUACGAUGAACAUGUUCAUUCUAGACGAGAACAGCAAUAUCCAACUGACAGCAGUUCUUGGCUGCUUGCCGGAACAAGGUUUUCUUAACAUGGUGGUGCCAGUCAUAGCCAGGACGCCAUUUGCCCUGUUGGGGAUACUUGCUGCUUGUUGCGCCAAAGGGAAGAUUGGCUUGAAACGCCAGCUGAGUGUAGACGAAAUAUCGGACCAGGUGCUUUACUUCCAGGCCAGUGGUGUACGAACUGAUUCUGUAUCUUUCAUGGGCAUGGGGGAGCCCCUUGCAAACCCUCGCGUGUUUGACACUCUCAAAUUACUUACGGACUCUAGGGCAUUUGGCAUGUCGGCACGGCGUUUGAGCAUCUCCACUUCAGGAGUUCUCCCAGGCAUUAAAAAGCUGAAUCAGCAACAUCCGCAGGUACCAGCCAAUCGCAUGUAUCCGUUCUCGGAAGUGUUUAGCCUCCUUGACGAACGCAUUGCUUUGACAGGUACCAACGACUCGAUCGAGCACGCAAAGGCCCUUGCAGCGCUUAUUCGGGAUCGCCGACGAACAACAAGGCACCUGUAUCACGUGUCACUAAUAGAGUAUAAUGAGGCGCAAGGUGUGCCACCGUCCCUACGGCGGGCGGACAGCAAAAGACUUCAGCAGUUCGAGGUAUGCCCAGGCGCAGCGCAAUCAGAUGCGGUGAUUCACUCACAGAAGGGGCUGGCACGAGCAAGAGCACUCCUUACAUACUUUACUGUGUGUGUGGACAGAAAUUACUUUGGGCGGAAUAUCGAUGCUGCAUGCGGGCAGCAGUUCGCAGGUGAGUUGUCACCUCUGGCCCGACGGACGUAG